AUGUCGAACUUCGUUCACAAAGUCAAGGACGCCAUAACUGACCACGACAAACCCGUAACUCGCAGUCAGACUCAGACGUCCGACGAACGCACCCACAACGCAGGAAACCCUUUCACAUCCAACUACAACAAUCGCCAGAACGCUCCCGCUCCCAGGAUGGACAACCCUGUUAAUACAGGCCCGGGUCGUAACGUUAACCGCCCGGAUGAUGGUACUGGUAGUCUUGCUCCCAAUCUCAAGAGCCAGGACAAUGAGUACACAAACUAUCCAACGAGUACCACAACAGAGAGCCAGCCCAGUUCCUACAAUCGCAACCCUUCCUCCUCGAUGCCUGGAGAUACUUCCUCGAGUGCUAGUUCCGCCGACAUAAACGCCGGUCCUCACAGCUCGAAGACUGCCAAUAAACUGGACCCGCGCGUUGAUAGUGAUUUAGACCACCGUGCUAAUCCCAAUCAAGCCCCAAUCGGCACCCAGAGACCCACCGGCAACAUGGGCAACAUGCCAGCUCAACAGCAGCAAGGUUUUAACCAGGGCCGGGGCAUGAAUCAGGGCAACAUGCCAGCUCAGCAGCAACAACAACAGCAACCUCUUACCCAAGGCCUGGGCCAAGGCCAAGGCAUGGACAGCCAUUCCUCAACCGAAGACAAUUACAACAAAUCCACCCAGGAACAUCGUUCCCAGCAGCAGCCCGGCUUCGAUCCCAACCUUGGCCAGCAGAUGGGUGACCAAGAAGAAAACUUCAGCACCUCAACCCAGGAAAAUAAGUCCCAUAAAGCUACUAGCCAUGUCGCUCCCUGCACAACAACAGCCGCGGGAGGGGCCGGUGCUGGCGACCCGAUGGCUCAGAACUUGAACACUGCCAAUACCGCUCAGCCUCUCGACAAUUCCGGUUUUGGCGGUAAUGCUGCAGCUGGUGGUAGUAGUAAUAUGAACAUGGGCAUGGGUGCGGGCAUGGGUGCGCAGCAGGAUCUUCAAGGAAAAGGACCAGCACAAGGAUAUGGACAGGGGCAUGGACAAGGACAAGGACAAGGAGAGUAUACGACUCCGCGCCAGAAGUAUAAUGCCGAUGCCGAUCGUCCGGUUCAGCAGCAGCAACAUAUGGCUCGGGAUCAGCGUGGUGGGUAUUAG